AUGGCAUUACAUGGACCGCCUGCAAGUGACGCUUUGGAAAGUGCUGCAAACUAUGUACAGCGAUUCAUAUUAAAAAUCAGCGAAGAUUCUGAUUUGUACUACAAAUUAAAGUACGACCCCUACCAACCAGAUAAAGUAACAAUAUCUGGUCUUGCAACGGGAGAUUACCAACCGCUGAAUGACUUGGAGAUACCAGAAUUUGUUCACAGUCAUUUGAAACCAAUUCCGCAGGAAAUGAAAGAUCAGCUUAACAGUACACAAAGCAUUUGUACAAUGGGUAUAUUACCCGAAAUUGGACGUGCUUAUAUGACAAUUGAUGCCGACUUAUAUGUUUGGAAUUAUGAUGACAAUUCGGAUUUAGCUUACUUCGACGGAAUACCUAAUACAAUUACUAAAGUGGCAAUCGCGAAACCGAAGGCCGGAGUGUUUCAGAAACACAUUCAUUGCUUGGUUAUUGUAGCGACAACAAGAGAAAUUGUGUUGUUGGCAGCAAGUUUCACAAAAAAUAAUAUAACAGUCGGAGAUGUAUCCUCUCUACCGGACGAUUUCAGGCAAGCUGAUAUGUAUCUCUUUCCAGAUGCGCUUUUCAAGAUUCCAAUUGAUGACACAACUAUAUCUGAUAUAAUUGCAACAUCAAAUGGUCGUAUUUUUUUCACGGAAGAGGAAAUUUUAUAUGAGCUCGAUUAUCAGGACAAAGGCUGGUUCAGUCGUCGAUGUCGUAAGAUAAAUCAUUCCAAGAGUUUCAUUAGUUAUUUUUUACCUUCUGUAUCUUUGAUUACAGGGAAAGAAGAGCGGUUGGUACGACUAUGUUUAGAUGAUACGAGGCAUAUUUUAUACAGUCUUUCUGAAAAUAGUUCCAUACAGGUUUAUGAUUUACGUGCUGACGGAAAUUCAAUAGUAAAGGUGGCAUCGCUCAGCCAUGGGCAAAUUCAGGAGCUUGCUGCAGCAGAAUGCCGAUCCGUGGAUGCUUCUUUUUUUGCUGACAUUGUGGGCAUUAGUGCAGUACCUUAUACGCAGUCCCGAUAUCUGCAUCUUAUUGCGACAACAAGGAAGGGUGUUCGUUUAUUCUUUAGCUGUUUUCCACCAACACCAAAGAAUGCUUAUCAGAUGGCUUCAAAAUCGUCCGUUACGAAUUGGAUGGAAGGCAUGAGACCUAGUUGCUUACGCUUGAAACACGUUCGUCUACCUCCAGGAUAUGGUAUUUCACCGGUAUCCUUCCACCCGCUUUCCAUUUACGAUACUUUUUACUCUCAUGAAAUUGGUAUUAUGGCUGGCGAAGCUGGUGUAGAUAUUUCCAAUCUUUCGGUUUUUUGCUCGUCAAACUUUCCAGCUUCUGAAUGCCUUAUAGAGAAUGUGACACAGUUACGUCUAAGAAGUUUGGUAAUGACAAUAACAAAAGCUGUAUCUAGAGCACCAUUUUCCAUAGCUACAGCUUCUCGUCACUCAACAGAUCUUUUACUUUAUCGAGAUACAUCCGGAAAAUUUAUUAUUUUAUGCGAAAAGGGAAUACAAAUUGUUGAACAUCGUGCUCCCGUUGAUAUGUUGCGUGAUAUUCUUCUUCAAUUCGGACCUGAUUCACCACAUGCUAGCUAUUUCACGCAGUUACAUGGAUUGGUUAAUGUUGGCGACAUGAUUCUCACAAUUCUUUGCACCGAGUGCGGAUCAAGCAGCGCAGUGAAGGAUGCGGCGUUACGGCUGUUUUUCAUGCUGAGCGGUGAAAAGAUCUGGAGCAAACAUUUGGCUUCACCUUUCCGUACGAACAGUUUGAGCCAAUUGUCAACCCUUGACGAAUCACUUUCUGAUAUUUCUCUGCAGAUUCGCUCUCCACUGUUCUCAUCCACUCCGCAACAACCGAAACGUUUUUUUCGUCCGGCAAGAGAAUCUUUUUCGGAAAUGCAGCAUGUAUUAAGCAGCAAAGAAGCUUCUUCGUCCACCGAGAUUCAAACAUACGUAUCGAUGAGUUGUCGACAUGAUGCGUUAUUCCUUCAUUUUUCUCGGAUUAUUGAAAAUUUAUGGACCAAACCUUUAUGCCAGUUGCUUCCAGACAACAAACUUGUUAGUAUGUAUUGCGUUGAUGAGCUAGAAUGGUUACUACAUCAGCUCACACCAUUCAAAAAGAUCAUCGAGGACUAUGAGUUAAUUGGAAAUGUUCAAGAAUAUGUUCAGCCACUCAUAAUAGAUGGCGACACUUCAAAUUCUCGCACUGAAGUGGCAUCGCAUUCCGAACGCCGUUCAUUACUCAGUUUCCGUCAACUUCUAUCGCUUACUGCGGAAGUGUUGAUGUUAUGGAAAAUCUUAUGCGAACAUCAGUUCCAUGUUAUAGCAACCCUUCUCAGUACACAAAGUCGAAGCUGUCUAAGUGCCACAAGUCUCUGCAAUAUAGUGUUGAGUGGUCAGCAGCUGUGUGCCGAUUUGAUAACUUGUCUAAUUCGGCAUUAUUUGGGUGAUAAUGCAACAACGACUGUGUUAUGCAAUGAAUUGCGUGAUUGUUGUCCCUCACUUUUUUCUGUGGAUGAUGCUAAUACAACGAAGGCGACAGAAAUGAUUGAGGGAGUGCGUCGUUUACCGCCAUGUUCGGCACGAACAGAAAUAUUGGCAGAAGCUGUUAAACUUUUAAAAACGGGGAUUCAAAAAAUCAAUUUGCCAGUGAUUUGUCAGCUUCUCUACGAAGUGGAUUAUGUGGAAGGGAUAGUAGAUUUGGCGUUGGAACGUGCGGAACGUGAUGAUACAAAGUUACUGGCUGUAAUGGCUUAUAAAAAUCACUGUGGAGAAAAUGAUGUCUUUGCACAAGAGGCAUUUGCGAGAAGAAAAGAUGCAUACAAGUGCAUAAUCGACACUCUGGACCAUUUAGUGAAUGAUCAGAAAACUGCGGGUACGUUAGAUCUACUUAAUCCAUCAAAGGAUCUCAUCAUCCAAAAAGUUCUGGAAUCGAAAGAUGAACUUGCAAAUGUGGCCAUUUUUAAAUGGCUUUUGGAUAACGAUUUUAGCAGCGUUGUUUUGCAGAGUAAAUCUCCAUUCCUAGAAUCAUUUCUUCAUCGUUGUGUAGAAGAAGGUGGCUCAAGUCGUUACUUAGAUCUUUUAUGGCGAUUUCAUGAGCGCAACGGUGAUCAUGUAAAAGCAGCCAGUCUUUUAUACCAACUUGCUCAACGCGAAACGGAUGUAUUCGAUAUUCAACGUCGUGUUGCAUAUUUGUCGCAAGCUGCAAUGUGUGUUCAGUCAGCAGGUCCGCAAGUUGAUAGAGAUGCUAACUUACAUGAUCUGGUAGUAGAAAUACGUGAUAAACUCGAUGUUGCGCAAAUUCAACUUGCUACAAGGGAUUUGGUACAAUCGAUGCCGCGAACUCGUGAAACAGUUACAGCCAAAUAUAGUCUUGAAAAGCAAUUAUAUACGGUGCAAGAACUUUUUGAAAAAUUUGCUGUUCCGUUGGAUUUGCCGGAAAUCAAGCUUGCUCUUUGUUUUUGUUCUUCAACUUAUGAUGAAGAUGCUAUCGAAGAUUUCUAUACUGAAAUAAUUGACAGAGAGUUGUUUUCAUCUGAAGGCGAAUCGCGUGAGGUACGCAUUCAGCGUCUAGGUGCACGAAUAGCUAGUUUAGCGACGAAGUAUUCGCUAGUACCAAAAUAUUAUCCUCUCGAGAUGAUACUGUCGAAAUUGUUGAACAGAGGGAUGCGCGAAGGUUUCUCACCUUCGUUUUUCCAUUUCAUUGGUACAAGAAUCGAUGCACCAUUAAAUGCUAUGGUUGAUACAUUGUCGAGUAUGUUCAGGAGGGAUCCUUUUUAUCAGAAGAAUGAUACAGCAUCUCGUUACUUGAUGCGGUCAGCAUUACAUGUCAUAACAAAAUUUGUGGAGAAUUCCUCUUCUGUUUAUCACCAAUGCAGGACAGCAUUGGCUAGCAAGUGUUUAGAUUUAAUAGCUGCGUUUUUGAUAAGUCUUUCGCAGGCACAGUCCACUGUUUCUGACCAGAAAAAACUCACCGAAACGUUCAAGUCCUUGCAGAAUAUGUUGGAGAAUAUAUGA